AUGGCACCAAUGAUCACCGCUGACUUUCAAUAUCGUUUAGUGGCAACAAUCAUCUUAUGUUUCUUUGGAUUCCUCUGUUUAUAUCUUUUAUUCAAGAAAAAAAAGGAUGGCCUUGUUUUGCCACCAAGCCCUCCUUCUCUUCCAAUCAUCGGUCAUCUUCACUACUUUAUCCUCUCUCUCUUACACCACAAGUCUUUUCAACCCCACAAGCUUUUCCAUAAACUCUCUUCCAACUAUGGACCUCUCCUCCACCUCCGAGUUGUAAACAUGCCCAUCGUUGUCGUCUCCUCAGCUUCUCUAGCCUACGAAAUCUUCAGGGCUCAAGACGUGAACAUUUCAUCUCGCAACGUCCCUACGACUGAAGGUUCUCUCUUCUACGAUACUUAUGGAUUCGUUAUGGCACCUUAUGGAGAAUACUUUAAGUUCAUGAAGAAACUCAUUGUUGCAAAUAUGUUUGGACCCCACGCACAAGAGCAGUCCCGAAGCAUCCGCGCCCAUGAGCUAGAAAUGUUCUACGAGAGGCUGCUCGAUAAGGCGAGGAAAAAGGAGAGCGUUGAGAUUAGUAAGGAAGCCAUGAAGCUCAUGGGAAACAUCAUUUGCAAGAUGAGCAUGGGAAGGAGUUUUACACAAGAGUAUGGUGAGGCAGGGAGUAUCCAAGGUUUGGUUACCAAGUCAGCUGGUUUAGAUAUACCGUUGAUCUUGGGAGUCUGGUUGUUCGGUCAGCUCGAGAAGCUUGGAAUUUCACUAUUCAAGAAGGAUAUAACGGGUCUUUCCAAAAAAUACGACGAGCUGCUAGAGAGAAUUCUUGUGGAACACAAAGAGAAACCGAACACGGAUGGAUGUACGGAUAUAAUGGACGUGUUGUUGGCAGUUUCUGAAGACGAAAACGCAGAGUACAAGAUCACUAGGAACCACAUCAAAUCGUUAUUCGUGGAGCUUCUAUUUGGAGGACUUGAUACCACGGUGAACUCAAUACAAUGGACAAUGGCUGAGAUCAUUAACAAUCCUAUUAUCAUUGAGAGACUGAAAGAAGAAAUUGAUUCCGUUGUAGGGAAAUCAAGGUUGGUUCAAGAAAAGGAUUUGCCAAACCUCCCUUACUUGCAAGCAGUCAUCAAGGAAGCACUAAGAUUGCAUCCGCCAGCGCCUUACAUACCAAGGGAAUUUCAACAAGGAUGUAAGAUAGGAGGCUUCUCUGUACAAGGGAAGACAAGACUUGUAGUUAACCUUUAUUCUGUGAUGAGAGAUCCAAAUGUCUGGGAAGACCCCCUUGAGUUCAAGCCAGAGAGGUUUCUAACUUGGCAACAAGAGGAGAGAAAAGAACAAGCACUCAAGUAUAUUCCUUUUGGCGGCGGAAGGAGAGGAUGUCCUGCAUCAAAUCUAGCUAAUAUGAUAGUGGGAACAACAAUAGGAAUGAUGGUGCAGUGCUUUGAUUGGGAUAUCAAAGGAGAGAAGGUCAAUAUGGACGAGUGGUAUAAAGGAUUCAACCAAACAAUGGCUCAUCCUCUUACUUUGACUCCUACUACUCGAAUAUCCACCCUUGACUUGGAAACUUAG